AUGGAUAUUUCCAGGAAAAUAUUUGGAAGGUCGUUGUUUCGGUUAAUAAUGAAGAUGACAUUCUAUGGACAUUUUGUUGCGGGUGAAAAUGAAGCCAGUAUUCAACCAUUAAUUAUGCGUCUCAAGAAGUAUGGAGUGAAGUCAAUACUUGACUAUAGUGUUGAGAAGGACAUACAAGAAGAUGAGGCCGUCCAGAUAGUGAAAAAAAGCUUAAGUGAAGUGUUACAAACCCCCGAAAAACGACCAGAGGCAGCCACUAAACAGUAUCAAAUCAGUGUUCGGUUCGCCAAUCGUACGGAGCAGGUUGUUGGGGCUCGCUCGUACUUUUAUCAGUCUGAAUAUCAGUGUGACCAUAAUAUGGAGACAUUUAUGAAAUGUAUUGAUGUUUCUUCAAAAUACGGUGAAGAUCGUGGUUUUACUGCAAUUAAACUUACAGCACUCGGACGACCCCAACUUUUGCAACAAAUGUCUGACUUUUUAGUGCAAAUGAAACGACUGUUCUUCUUACUUACCAAAGCGGAUAAUGGACAGAAAGGUGGACUUGCAUCGCUUGAUCUAGACAAUUUUCGUAAAAAACUGGAAGCAUUAGGCGUGAAAAUUGCAUAUGAUGAAGAAGUUAAGUGGUUUACUUUGUUGGAUGUCUCUGGAGAUGGUGUUUUAGAUUUACUUGAUUGGAGUCACUUAAAGGCUUUUGAAUACGACCUUGCAAGUCUGUUUAUUCUAAAAAAUAAAAAGACUGGUGAAGUAGAACAGCUUGUACCUACACUUACAACUGAAGGUAUUGAGGAAAUGCGGAAUAUGAUAAAACGUGUCGAUACUUUAGCAAACUAUGCAAAAUCUGUUGGAGUUCGAGUUAUGGUGGAUGCAGAGCAAUCAUAUUUUCAACCUGCUAUAAGAAGAUUGAUUAUAGAAAUGAUGCGUCUAUUUAAUAAAGACAAGGCUGUAAUAUUUGGCACUUACCAGUGUUAUCUGAAGGAAGCACUUGAAUCACUUACUCAAGACUUAAAUCAUGCUGCUACAGAAAACUUUUACUUCGGUGCAAAGUUAGUUAGAGGGGCUUAUAUGGAUCAGGAGCGUGCACGUGCCAAAGAGUUAGGGUACGAAGAUCCAAUUUGUUCAGACUUCAACGCUACAACAGCCAUGUAUGAAUCAUGUCUAGAGGAGGUGUUUAAAGCUAUUAAAAAACGCAGAAGCGGUCAAGUUAGUGUUAUGAUAGCUAGUCAUAAUGAAGAUACCGUUCGAUAUGCUUUAAAAAAUACCCUGUGUAGAUAAGUGACUGAUGAAAGCAAGUAAUUAUUAAAUUAUAAACUUAAGUGAAACAAUUUUAUACAAGUAGUAUAAGAUAAUUAUCUGGGUUUUUUUAUAUUUCUUGAUUUACUUGUUGCUUUCAAACAAAAUAAUCACUUCAAUAUGUAGCAGGAAUCAAUGAUAGUCUUAGGAAGCAGAAGAAAUCUAAUCAACAGACCAUCAAUGUAAUCGGAGCAUAAUUUAUUCACAACUAGCGAAUGAUAGAUUUAAUAGUGCAAAUCUAUCAAUGCUGAGGUCAUUCAGCUACGCUGUAAGCAACCAAUCAUAGGAAAGGUCAUAAAUAUAAUGAAAACAACUGUUUUAGUGGAAUAUCAUUGAUUUAAUGUAAUAAAGGGACACAUUAUUUGUGAGCAGAAGGUGGAAAUGAUGAACAGUUAUUCGGAGUUAAGUCAUUUUGGGAAUGUUGUUU